AUGCCCCCCGUUCGAGCCCUCUCCCUCUUCUAUAGCAACAUCAGAAAACAUACUAUACCCUGGGUAUGGGACGAAGACCACAAGCAGCCCCCCUAUGUCCCGAAACAAUCACAAGCUCAACAUCUUACAACAACCUCUUCGUGCACUGGUAUGUCGUCGUGCGGCACUGGUUCAAAAUUCAGUCUUGUCUACGCCAAUGUCCAAAAUUGGCUCAAAUACUUCAAACAUUCCCUCCGAGCGAGAUCUCCCCUUGACUCGGUGGCAGUAUUAGAAAUACGAAUACUUCGUAGACAUGGGAAGAAGACUGUGACAAACUCAUUCAUUUCCUUAGUAACCCCACAUGCUCGAAAUCGUACAACCAGCAUUGCCUAUGUCGACAUGUCGUCUGUCCCGCGCUGGUUCGAAAAAGAGAGUAAUACUACGCCAAUGUCCAAAGUGUACGAGAACUUCUGGCUAUGCCCUCUGUUCGAGACUUCUCCCUCCUCCCUCUUCCGUCUCAAUCUCGAAAACAACUUCAAUUUAGAAAGGCGGAUGAGGAGUGAGCGACCUUGUUCACAUCCCAAAACCACCACUACAAUGCAAGGGAGAGAACAACAAAUCCAAACCUAA